AUGGCCAACUACACGUACGAUACGAAAUGGCAGUCCGCCAUGACCGAGCUCAACGAGCAAGUGCACAUUGAAGACCACACGCUGGACGUGGAAGACGGCCAGGAGGCGACGCCGCCGCCAGAAGUGUCCAUGUUGGAAGCGUUCCAGCACUAUGCGUGUCUGUAUAUCAAAUACGUUCAGAUUUUUGCCAAUUUGGAAGAGUGCUACGACCAAAUGGUGCAUCCUCAAAAGCGCAUCGACGUCAAGCAAAUCAUGGAACUUGUCAUGACGCGCGUCGUGGAGCUCAAACACGACCUGGUCAAGUGGAACCCGCCGAAUCCGGACGUCCGAACGACCCCCGAACGCAACUUUCCGUGGGAAUACGUGAAUUUGGACGACCUUCUCGUCGACUUGAAGCUCCCACCGAGCCUCCUGGAAGUCCCCGUGCCCAAGUAUUUCGUCGAGGACAGCAGCGCAGACCUCAAAAAACGGGAUCGGCUCGUGAAAGGGUACAUGAAGCUCAAGCUCGGCGUGGAUACGCUUCCAGUGGAAGUCGCGGAAGAGAGCGUGUCGCUGGCGGACACGAUGACGUUGGAUGAAGCAAUUCAAGUGAUCCAACGCAACGAACGCGGACGGCAAGGGAAGCAGCGCGGGGCGCUCGUGCGUGAGCUCCGCGAAGAAGAAAAGCAGCGACGGUUGUACGACAACGCUCAAACACCCGAGAUGGAGCCCGAGCUGGCGGCCGCCAAUAUCCAACGAGUGUUUCGCGGCCACAACUCCCGCGGGAAGGCCACGAUCGAGCGCGACGAGGAGCUCGUGUUCAUCGGGAUGAAGCCGCCGAAACAUGACAAAGCCACCGCGCUCGAGAUGGAAUUGUCCCUCGCCAAGAUUCGCCGCAAGACGUUGCAAACCGAAAACAAAGAAGACUACGAACGGUCGUUGAGCGAUGUUCAUGAGACUGUGAAAAACGAAGAAGGGCCGUUCAUGAAGGAAAAGAUGCUGGAGGAACGGCGCAAGUGGAUCACGGAUGUCAUGGCGCAAGGCCAGCUGCCCGAGGACAUGACGGGGUACUACUUAAUGAUCAACCCACCGCCGGUGGAAGCCGAGCCCAAGGAGGAAGAGGAUGCAAAGGGCAAGAAGGGGGACAAAGGCAAGAAAGGCGGCGAGAAGAAGGGGGACAAAAAGGGCAAGAAGGGGGACAAGGGGAAGAAAGGAGCGGGCGACGAAGAGGAAGAUGACAAGCCGGAGCGCCCGCCACCCCUCACAGGUCCAUCUGAACUGUGCACCAAACUCGCCGGCGGCGUCAACGCGUUCGAAAGCGUGUGGCUUGAACGCGACGAAAGCGAUAACUUUCAGCAAAAGUACGAUAUCGAUUUGGCAAAGGACGUUGUCCGUGGCCCAGUCGAGUGCCAAGUGCGCCAACAAGUCGACGACAUGCUUGUGCUGCAGCUGUCCAACAUCAAGGCGCAGCUCGAGGCGGCAGCCGCCGGGAAGAAAGGGAAGAAGGGCAAGAAGGGCAAGAAAGGCAAGAAAGGCAAAAAGGGUAAAAAGGACAAAAAAAGCAAAAAAGCCAAGCCAUUGCCCGGCGACAAGAUCGCCGAGCUCAAGGGCCGAACCCCUGACACGAUGCUGGCGAUCCUGGUGGAGCAAAAGCUCGUCAACAACGUAACGCCGUGCGCCGUCUCUGACUUUAUCGGAGAGUACAACUACCUCGGCACGGUCUACCAGAGCUCGGACCGGCGCGAUCGAUGGGGCAACUGGGUUCCCCAAGACCCAUCCGCCGCCCAACUCCGAGCCGCCAUCGUCGAGUAUUGCGUGUUGCCGCUCGGGUCGUCAGUCGUCCGCGCCAAGGUCAAGCACAUCCGUUCGAUUCUCUUCUACGGCCCUAAAGGAUCGGGCAAGACAAUGAUGGCACAAGCGAUCGCCCACGCAACAGGAGCACUCUUUCUCAACAUGUCGGCGUCCAACCUGGUCGGGAAAUUCCCAGGAAAGAACGGGCCCACGAAAGCCAUCCACAUGGUGUGGAUGCUUGCCAAGGCGAUGCAGCCGGCCGUGAUCUACAUCGACGACUGCGAGCAGAUCUUUGCACAGGGCAAAAAAAAAGCCACCGACGGCCCAGCGGGGUACCGCAAGGACCUGCUCACGUACUUGAAGUCGAUGGAUAUCCACGACCGCGUCUUGGUCAUCGGGACGUCGUCCAACCCGAUGGCGGGCGAAGUGAAAGACUUGAAAGCCUUUUUUGACAAGUUUCUGUACUUCCCGUACCCCGACUACCCGUCCCGCGUGCUCUUGUGGCGCUCGAGCAUUCAACAUGCCAUCCAGCACCAUUCGUCCUCGGGGAUGACACCCCGUGUGCCGGACGACUUGGACACGAGCACGCUCGCGCAUAUCUCGGAAGGGUAUUCGUCGGGGUCGAUUCGUCAAGCUGUUGAAAACACGCUGUCCGCGCGCCGCGUCGAACGCAUGGAGAAGCGACCGCUGCAAGAAGAUGAGUUCAUCGGGGCCCUUGCCCGGCAAAACGCGACGUUCGCUGACGACCAUGAAAAGUUUAAAAACUUCACGGCGCAAGUCACGGGGCUCAAGGAAACCCGCGACGCCAUUCGCAAGGCGUUGGCUGGGGACGCCGAAGGGGCCGACGACAAGGACAAGAAGGGCGGCAAGAAAGGCGGAAAGAAAGGCAAAAAGUAG